UAAGGACAGAGAUAUAUGUGCGAUAGACAAGGAGAGCAACAGCGUGCGACAAGGACAGACUUAGUUGUGCGGUGGACAAGGAGAGCAAUAGCUGCGAUUUUAAUAAUGGUUUCACUAACAAAUAAUCGGAAUCAACGACCACACGUAUUAUUACCGGUACUGCUUAGUGCUUGUGCAAUUCCAAUUUCUAUGAUGUUUUGGUUUAUAAAUAUGAUUUAUUCGGUUUUUUAUUCAGAUUCUAGAAGGCACUUUGAAGAUCAUUUUGUCUCACCAUGGAGAUGGUUAACAGCUGUAUUGGUUCCAAUUUUUAUGGCAUUUUGGGGUUUAAGGAGAAAAAGUGUAGAUAUCAGUGGUGCCAUUCUUGGAUUAUUUAUGGGUUUUGUUCUGACACUUAGCAGUUUUAGUCAUUUGGCUUGUCUCUUCGCAUUCCUUGUUUCUUCUACUAAGGCAACAAAGUUUCGUGCCAAAGAGAAGGAAAAAAUUGAAGCAGACUUUAAGGAAGGUGGUCAAAGAAAUUGGGUUCAAGUAUUAUGCAAUGGUGGUAUGGCAACUCAAUUAUCUAUCUUGUAUUUAUUGGAUGUGGGAAAUGCAGAACAGCCAAUUGAUUUUUACAAAUAUUAUAGAAGUUCUUGGCUAUCAAUAGGAAUUUUAGGAGCUUUUGCAUGUUGCAAUGGAGACACUUGGGCUUCAGAAAUUGGAACAGUUACUGGUAGUAAAGAUUCAUUUCUUAUUACUACACUAAAGAGAGUUCCAAGAGGAACGAACGGUGGUAUUUCUUGGGUAGGUUUAUUAGUCUCUAUACUAGGUGGCAUAACUGUAGGUUUAGCUUAUUAUUUAACAGUAUUGAUAACUGUGGACACAGUCGUUCUACAAUUAGCAGUGCCACAAUGGCCAAUUAUUGUUAUUGGAGGAAUCGGAGGUUUCAUUGGUAGUACAAUAGACUCAUUUUUAGGAGCUACAUUGCAAUAUAGUGGAAUAAAUGAAAAAGGAAGAAUAGUAGAACAUCCUGGAAAGGGUGUAAAACACAUAUGUGGUAGACAAAUUUUGGAUAAUCAUAGCGUGAAUCUUUUGUCCAGUGUUAUUACUGCACUUAUAUUGCCAGAAAUAGCAAAAUUGAUGUGGUUUGAAUAAUAAAAACAAUAAAAAUAUAUUAGCUAUAGGUAUUU